AUGGGCAACAACCAGAACCCCCGUGCCUAUUAUGCACCCACCGGCGGAUUGCCGCCCCAGACACAGCUUCUCACCGACCGAGCGAUGUUCACAGAAGCGUAUGCGGUCAUUCCCAAGGGCACCUUCAGCGACAUCGUGACGAGCUUCUUACCCUUCUGGGAGAAGACGCGGUUGUGGGUGAUUGCCCGUCCGUUGUCGGGCUUUGCCGAGACCUUUUCGCAAUACAUCAUGGAAGUGCAACCCGGGGGCGGCAGUGACCGUGCCGAGCUCGAUGACGGGGCCGAAGGCGUGCUGUUUGUGGUCGAAGGCGAGGUGACGGUGACCGUGGGAAGCGAAAAGCACACGCUCACCGAGGGCGGUUAUGCCUAUCUGCCGCCGAAAAGCGGAUGGACUCUACGCAACGAGGGCGCCGCUACCGCCCGUUUCCAUUGGAUUCGCAAGGCGUAUGAAUAUGUGAACGGGCUGGAGGCGCCGGACCCGCUGUUCCGGAACGAAAAGGAGAUCGCGCCCACCGAGAUGCCGAGCACCAACGGCGCCUGGGCCACCACACGGUUCGUGGACCCGAACGACCUGCGUCACGACAUGCAUGUUACCAUCGUCACCUUCCAGCCGGGAGGUGUCAUUCCUUUCGCGGAAACCCAUGUGAUGGAACACGGGCUUUACGUACUGGAAGGCAAAGCGGUGUACCGGUUGAAUCAGGACUGGGUGGAGGUGGAAGCAGGCGACUUCAUGUGGCUCCGUGCCUUCUGCCCACAGGCCUGCUACGCGGGUGGCCCCGGUAAAUUCCGCUACUUGCUCUAUAAGGACGUGAACCGCCACAUGAAGUUGUCGCGUUCGUAA